CCAGCCCCGGCCUCGCGGCCUCCAGCGGCGGCUGGCAGGCUGGCAGGCGGGCGGAGAGCGGCCCUCCUCCUUCCCCGCCCUCCGCCCCCCCAAGGGGGGCCCCGCCGCUGCCCUUUCGGCUGGCAUCCCAAUGGAUUCGGGCGAGGGCGGGCGGGCGGCGGCGGCGGCUGGGGGGUUUCGGGUUUCUGGCGCGGUUUAUUAAUAGCCCAGCCCGCGAGUAAUCCCCGUGCAGAGCGAGGCUCGGCGGCGCGGUUCCUGGAGAGGCAGGAAGGAAUGGCAGAUUUUGAGCUAUCCGAGGAUAGUGAAGAAACCUUGGGUCCAAAUGCCAGUGCAGGAACACUGUCAGCAUUUAACCAAGAAAAUGUCCCUGAAUUGUUCCACAUGGAUCCCAUGGCUGUUCAGUUCCCGCAAGAUCCAGAUACCAUUGGUGCCUCAUUGGAGCUUCAGGAAUCCAUGACUUGCCAAGGCUUGUGUGCUGCUGAGAGCCAACACAUGGGCAUUGAAGACCUUGGAGAACGGUUUCAGGAAUGUAUUGAAGCAGUUGAGCAGCUGGAGAGGGAGCGGGACCAGCUCAUUAAGGAACUCACACUCUUACGCCAACCAGCUCUUGAGGAAAUCCAGCAAGCCCACGAAGAGAUCCUGGAAGCAUACAGGCUCCAUGCCAAAGUAGAACUUGAGAAGGAUAACUUGCGGGAUGAGAUUCGGCAAGUGAAACGGAAGCUGUUUAAGGUGACGCGGGAAUGUGUGGCCUGUCAGUAUCAGCUAGAAACGAGGAGGUAUGAAGUAGCUCAACAUGGGGACUACCGCAAAGAACUGGAAAACAGAGUCAACCAGCUCUCAGAAGAGCUGUCCCAGCUGAAAGAGACUUGUGAGGAAGAGAAGGAACAUUUUAGGCAAAGGCUGGCGGCUCCGUGGCACCAGAGGAACAGCCGCCACCUCCAGGAGAGUCGGCGGCUUUCCAUGGAGUUUGAGAGUUUUGUAUUGGAGAAUCGUCAGUGCUUGGAGGAGCAUUACGAACCUAAGCUGAUGCGCCUCCUGGAAAGGAGAGAAGCCAGUAGCAAGGCUUUGCAAAAGACACAAGGUGAAAUCCACAGACUGAAGGAAACCCUAAGGCCGUUGCAGGGAGAAGUCAGCAAGCUACUACUGCAAAACAGGAACCUGGAGGAACAGAUUCUGCUGAUCAAGCAGAAACGGGAUGAAGAGGUUCUACAAUACAAGGAGCAGGUUGAGGAGAUGGAAAACAGAAUAAGGGAACUGAAGAAUGGAGUUCAGCUUCAGCAACGAAAGAACCAAGAAUUGGAAGAACUGAAGGCCAGCUUACAUCAGGAACUAUCCAUUUACAAAAACUGCUUAGAAAUCUACGGGCAACUCUGCCAAUCGGAAGUUAAACAAGAUGAAGAAUGAAUCCUGUGCAUGGCCACCAUUCCUCCUGCUCACAAAUAUGGACUCAUCUCUCCAUCCAAUUACUAGUAACAACCCACAAGCAAGAUUUCUAGGGUGACAGUCUGCAUUUUUACUUUGUCAAAAAGAAUUACAACAUUUGAGAUGUGGUUGUUAUGACAGAUCUGAUGUUAACAGAAUGCCAGAUAUGCAUUAUCAACAAUUCAGCUGUUAAAUAUGACAUAUCAACACCUUUGUCAAUAUUUAAUUUUCUGUAUAAAACUUGUUUAUGAAUAGCGAAGCCAGCUUUUUGUAGUCUUGCAAUUCGUUAUUAGGAAACAAAUUCAAAAACAAUUGAUACAAGAAUUGCUUUCCUUUACAGGUAGUCCUCAACCUAUGAUCAUUUAGCCAGCCGCCAUUCCAAGUUACGACGGCACUGAAUGGUUAUAAACAGUCCUUGGAGUUCUGGCCAUCCCAGCACCCCUGAGGUCACAUGCUCGCAAUCUGGCUGCUUGGCAAUCUGUUCACACUUACAACCAGUUGCCAAGUACCCCACAAUCACGUGAUCACCAUUUGCAACCUUCUUUGCAGGCUUCCCGAGGAAGUCAGUGGGGAAGCCAGUAGGGAAGGUUGCAAGUAGCUGGGGUAAGUGUCCCCCACCUGUGCUCCCACCCUCUGUGCUCACACCAGCCAUUCACCCUCCCUGACCUGUGCAUGCCUCUUGCGCACCCUUCCAGACCCUCCCCCACCUGGCAACAGCUAUUUACCUGCCUGUGGGCCUG